AUGAAGAUGGCGAUACACACAACCAGCUAAAAAACCUGACGAAAAUUGUUAUCGUUCACAGGCUUAAAUAAACAGCCUUUCAAUCACUUCUGAAGGUUAAAGUGAUAUUUCAAGUUUGAUUGUAUUGCUCUGAUCAUUUUCGAAAAAAACAUUUGACUACCGCAAUGCUUAAUUUUGCGGGACAACCAUGCCGAUUGGCGCCGAGUUGGGGAAGACUUUAUCACACAGUUGUCACCGGCUCUAACGGACUUGUCGCUUCGGUCCCAGCCAGCUCUUCGGCGUACAGUCAGGUCCAGAGACCGCACACUCGCCAAGGCAAUAGGCUUUCAUGUUCUCGUCAACUUCAUCAGUAUCAGAAUCAAGUCAUUAUAAGCAGAGAGGCAUCGUCAUCAUCACUGUUCAACCUAUGUCGAGUACCAUGUCUGCCCCUGGAACACUGCACAUCCAGAUCAUGUCAUCAAAGAUUUUUUGGAACAUCAAACCCAUGCAAUGCCUUGACCAAGAGAUCUACUUUGCUUCCAGAGGAAAAACCAGGAAUAAUGACUCGUAUGUUGGAUUCAGUAGGGAUCAGUGGCACACUCAGAUUCAACAGAUUUAAAAUGAGAGUAGCAGGGCUGAACAUGUAUCAGGCUUGUGCUGAUGGCUAUAAUUUUGAAACUUUUUUCAGAGCUUGUAACAUGCCCGACACACUCUUCUCAUGGUUUUUAAUCAUGGAGCUCCACGCAUGGAUGUGUAUGGUGAGACUGAAGCAAGAAGGACGUGAAGGGAAGUACAUGACUCACUAUCUCAUACUCUCCAUGUGGCAUGAUAUUCAGGCCAGGGGAAAGCUCAUGGGGAUUCCAUCAGUUAAGAUGAAGGAGAGUUUGUCCAAGAUGGUUGAGCAGUUCAAUGGCGCCCUCUUUGCCUACGAUGAGGGUCUACUGUCGAAUGAUAAGGUGCUAGCAGCUGCACUGUGGAGAAAUCUGUUCCUUAGAAACUGCGAUGAUCCAGAGCGAUUGGCUAACAUGGUGGAAUAUGUCAGGCAACAGGUUCAAUAUCUUGACAGUCUAGACAGCAGCAAGCUCCUGCAGGUGGGGCGUAUCAAGUGGCAGCCCUACACGGGCGGGGUGCCGGACUCCAGCGAGCCCCUCCCUAAAGCUGCAUCGUUGGAAGACGAGCUCAACAUACCCGAAGUGGACAAAGUGCCCAUCUCCUGAGCUCCAGGGUCUCCAGCAGGAGCCAGUCUCCACAUGAUUAGGCCUACGGAUUUAUUAGUUGUCCGGCUAGAGCCGUUCUCCAGAGUGGGACCAAAGCCCCACUGCACUACUUGUAGCUACUUGCGCCCUCUAUGUAGCAAACAAUGCCUAAGUGGUAACCGUUGGUCCCCCAUGGUCCCCUUUUUCUUAUGUUAAUUGAGAGCUGAGUUGAUGAGAUAACCACCUGCCAGUGACCAUGCUUGGUGGUCUAAUCCCUAUGGCCAAACUAGUGCACACGGGAUUUAAAAUCUUUCUGAAUAUAUGCUUAUUUCAUGCGAUUUAUUAAACUCUCUAGCUGGAGCUGCUAUACUCUGGGAUUGGAGCUCCUCGUCUUUUACAAUAGAACCUCUGCAUUAUUCUGAAGACAGUACAAAAUCAAUAAGAUUUAUUUCAAUUGAUUAAGCUGUCUUGUUGGAGCCAAACCCCCGGUAGAACCCUACAUCAUUCUGAAUAUAUUCAAAAUCCAUGUGGUUUAUGAUGCUGUCUUGCUGCGCGUCACAUAUUGAAAUAUGCGAACAUGACACUGACGUGUAAACGUAAUCCAACCAUGAUUUCUAUGUAACAUAGAAUAGGGUAUGGAAAUUGUCCUUUAGUUGAUUUUUCGUAAAUAGAUGAGAUCCUGUUGACACCAUUAUAAAUACAUUUACACUGAACGUUUCCUUUUGCUGUAAUAAGUACAUGUUUAAUAGCAUUGUAGCAUAAAAUCAUACCCAAUAUUACCCCUGUAUUUCCUUCCUAUGUUAAAUAGAAACAGAAUUCCGAGUCCAAAUUUAAUCACUGCGAUGGAAAUGAAGAACUAAGUACAGGGUGUAUAGAGUACCUAAGCUGUGACAUCAAAACAAUUUAAUUUAUGUUAUGGUUAUGAACCAGAGCAAAUAACACUGAGUUCCUAUAGGAAAUCUAUUUAUUCAGAUGGUCAUAUCUCAGCCAAUACAAAACAUAUUCUAUUGGUUUAAGGACAU